AUGCCCAGACGGCAGGAGGCCCAAUGGAAGCACUGCCUGAUCCACUGGGUACCGCCUUCCCCAGAAGGCUGGCUUGAGUCUGGCUUGGCCUGUGCGUCACAGGCAGGCCUCACAACUGUCGGUGUCAACUGUGGCAGACGGGAGCCAACUGGCGGAAGGCAAAACCAGAAACGGCCAUUCCUCAUGAUGCCCAACAACUUCAACAUGCCCGGUGGCAACGUUUCGGGCGACGGCGAAUCCGACCGCGCUGCCGCGUCUCAGUUGCUUUUGGCUCAGCUUCGUCGCCAACAGUCCUCCACCAGCCCUAAUCCGGCUGCUGGACCUAAUGGCUCGAACCAGUAUGGCCACCUUGCUUACCACGGACACCACGGCCACGCUCACGUCCACGACCGCCCCCAGGCCGGCCAGUCCUACUAUGGACCUGACUCUCCCGCUCUGACCGGUAGCUUCCAGAACGCCUUGGAUCCCGCCGCGUUCCUCCCUGAAGCCCCGACGCCGCCUAUCCACGCAUUCAAUAACUCCCAGUUCCCACCCGGACUGAUGCAGCCAAUUGGUGCCGCCCGCGGCCUCCCUCCUGCUGGCGAGAAUCGGACCGCUCAAUUGUUGAACCUUCUCAAGUUCAACGGACAAGGCUCUUCCUCUAACCAGGGCCAGCCGCAGUUCUCCCAGGAAGCUCAGCCAAGCUACAACGUUCCGCCUCCUACUCUUCACGCGCCUGCACCGAGCGGUUCUGAUCCUAGUGGGCUUCUUGCCGCUUUGAUGCGUGGCGCGCACCCUGAACAGCCCAAGCAGGAAGAGGCGCCUGCUUCCUCUUCGUCCUGGAAUCAGCCCGCCCCUCCCUCCAACACUCAGCAAUAUCUGCUGAAUCUGUUGAGCAAGCCGAAGCCAAGCCAGAACGAUACGAGCGAGAUUGUCGAAUCCAGUCUUCUCAUACCUCCCCCGGCCGAGGACGACUCGAAGGACGCCGGCAAAUCUGCUGAUAUGACCCUCCUCGGAACCGUGCCGUCGCGAUCCGAGUUCGAUUUCGAGCCUCAGGGUUUGGAAUCCACGCCCCCCAAGUUCAGCUCGACCCCGCAGUCGCAGCAUUCGCAACCCGCGUCCGCCGCUCGCUCGGGGAUAUUCGGAUUCUCUGGUCAGCAUGACGACCACUCGGUCAGUUCCCCUAGCCAGAGGACUCCCAAGUCGUCUGCUGGUUCUGCCAUGGAUCCCAAUGCCAGUCGCCCCCCGGCAGCACCUGCUAUCCAGAUUCUGCGGAAGCCUGAUCCCCAUGAUCCUAAGCGGCCUUUAAGCGACCAUAGCUCCACAGGCAGCCCCGACCACACGAGACGGAAGCUGGAACAUGUAUCGUCUCCCCAUGGGUCUGCGGGUGCGCCUCGAGUCGCUCCCAACAUCAUCACCGUUUCCCCAGGUUCAGAGGCCAAGGUUGAACUUGGCCAAGACCACGUGGAAGGUGAAAAGAAGAAGGAGAGUGUUGCUGAAGCCGUCGUCGGGCUUGCUGAGCAGGCCGACAGAGAAGCCCAAGAGGCGCUGGCUCGUGCUGAAGAAGAGAGCGCCCAGGCUGAAAUAGCCCAGGACCUCGAGCAGAUGAUGAGCGCCGAGACCGACGAGGAAUUUGCCAGAUCUGCCCAAAUUGCCGCUCAGGCCAUCCAGAAACAGCUUGAGAAGAACGAGAACAAGGAUGUUCUCGAGUCUGCUCUCGAUGCCGAAGUGGCCAAGGAAGUCAGAGAUAUUGUGGAUGAGGCGGCUCAAGCCGCCCAGGGCGCGGUUGCGGAUAGCUGGGAAAGUGCCGAAGCCGACGAGAUUGUCGUGACUGAGGAGACAGCGGCACCUAUCAAAGUGUACAACUUCCCCUUGAAACCCUGGAUCACUAUCAGUGUCCAGGAAACGGAUGAAGUUCGCCCUGUCUUCCGCGAAGAAGCGAUUCUGGACAUUGCUAGGUUGAAGAAGGAGUUCGACCAAAUUGAUCGGAACCUUGUCUCGGCAUCAGAGAGCUACAUGGCUUAUGGUAUGUCCAAGGCUGGUGGCCUCCGGGUGAUUCGUCAGGAGGACGGUAAGGACGCGAAGCUCUUCACGGACACUAAGGAUAGAAUCUUUAAUGUGGCCAUCUCGUCGUCUGCCUCGAACCAGCACCCCAAGGAGGCCAUCAUUGGUACAGGUGUGAGCGGCACAGUCUACUGGGUCCAGCUCAAGAACGGUGACCGGGAUCAUCUGGAAGACGCUCAUCCGGAGCAAUACGGUUUCGCUCUGCCCCCUCUGUCGACACAAGAGGGCGGCGAUGCGCCCGGCGGAGUUCUCAAGACGAGAGCUCGUCCUUCCUCUAUGCAUCCCGACUACUUUGCCGUUGGCCGCGGAAAAUCUAUCAAUAUCAUUUGGCCCUCGUUCAUCUUCGAGAACAAUCUUUUCAAGAACGCCCAUGACCGUGUUGUCGACACCGAGAGACUCUUUAAACAAUGUUCUCUCAAGAUCAACACUGGCAAGGCCGGGAAGGAUUUCACCUUCAGCCAGGAUGACACACUGAUGGUCACGUUGGACAAGUCGGGCCGAGUUAAGUUCUGGGAUGUCCGUGACUUGACCGCUGUCAAGGAAGGCUCCGAUCCCCUGAACCCAAUGCCUGCCCACACCUCGUUGGAAAUCAAGGAUCCUUUGAUGACCUUGACCACCACCCCAGAGGGCGAGAAGGCCUGGCCUACGUCCGUCCUGUUGUUGGAUAAGUACCGCCCGUAUCAGAAGCGCGCUGCCUUGCGGUAUAUGAUCGUGGGCAUGAAGCAAAACCACACCCUUCAGCUGUGGGAUCUUGCCCUGGGCAAGGCUGUGCAAGAGUUCAACUUCCCCCACAACAAGGAGUCCGACGCCGUCUGCAGCGUCAUGUAUCAUGCUCGCUCAAGUAUGAUUGUUGUCGGUCACCCUACACGCAACUCGAUCUACUUCCUUCAUCUCUCCGCCCCCAAGUAUGGUCUUAAGAACCUCUCACAGGUGGAUUACAUUCAGAGACUUGUUGCACAGGACCCUUCGAUUCCGCAGCCCGAAGCUACUGCCGUUAUUAGUGGUAUCCGGGAGUAUUCUUUUGCCAACAAAGGUGUGCUGCGGAGUCUCGGAAUUCUUGGAAACCCCGCAGGUUCUACUGAUGGCGAUGAAGCGAACCUCUUCGAGCUGUAUGCUAUGCACUCCAAAGGUGUCACCUGUGUCUUUAUCAAGAACGGUGAGCUUGGCUGGUCCAAGGAUAACAAGGUCAUCUGCCCAGCCGAUGCUGAAAAGGUCGGCUUGGUCAAGAUUUCCAAGCUGGUUGCUCCUGUGCAGCCAGUAGAGGUUCAACAGGCCCCGGCUCCGGCCGAGACAAGCGCGCCGCCCCAGAUUCGCAUCGCCACGCGCCCCAAUAAGGAGAUUUUGCAGAAGACGCCGUCAUCCCAGGGUGAUGACAAGAAGGGAGUUGAUUCUGUCUCGACUGUCAAGCCUGAUCGCAAGGAAGAUACCGAAACUCCCGUUCAAAACAACAAUCAGCCGGAGCGGGCAGAGAAGAAGGGCCGCAAGAAGAAGGCUGCUGCUGCUGCGGCCGCCGCCGCCGCCGCCGCCGGCGAUUCUGCUGUCAAUGGCCAGGCAGAGCAACAAGCCACCCCGACAAUUGGCCGCACUUCAUCUCAAGUCAAGGCCAGAUCUGCUAGAAAUGCUGAUUCUUCUGCUCUCAACCUCCCCAGCCAAUUUUCUGACCUCUCCCUGAACGGUUCUGGUAUCUCUCAGGAACAACUCAACACAGUCAUCGCCGAUAUGGAGUCGCGCAUCUCGAACAACAUGAACAACAUGCCAGGACGUAUGUCCAGUGUUUUCGAGUCAUCCUGCAACGACAUGUUUAAGCGGCAGCGCGAACAGCUGCAUGGUUGGCUGCAGGAUUGGGUGCGCAAUUUCAUGGAUAACCGUGAUGACCUGUUCCUUAAGAACCAGUCAGCAGUCCUUAAAGUCGUUGCGGACGUUCUUAACGACAACACCGAAACUGUUCUAAAGCAUCUCAUCGUCGAUCAAGUCAACAAUGCCGUUGUUCCCGCCAUCCGUUCCACCGUCGAAAAGGUAGCGAAGGAUCAGGCCGACUCUAGCCUGAACAAGCAACUGCCCGCGAUGCAGAAGGAGAUCGAGAAGAGACUCCCCUCUCUGCUUACACAGUCGCUCCAAAAGGCCGACAUCGCGCCGAGUUUGGUGGACAAGCUUGCGGAUCAGGUUCUCCAAAAGGUGGCCACCCGGUUGGACGUUAAUGUCGCCAACCAGUUUGCGAAGUCGUUCAGCGAGCAGCUGCCUGUCUUGUCAAAGCGUGUAGCCGAAGACGUUCACCAACGUAUCGCAGGAGAUAUCAGCACACGGAUGGGCGAGACUAUUGCGCGGUUUGAGGAGCGGAAGCGAGACGAUGACGCGAAGCUCGAUCGCCUCAUUGCCCAAAACACAGAGCUAUCCACUGCGCUUGCAGCUCUGGCAGCGUCCCAGGUUCAUAUGCAAAAGGAGUUCAGCACCCUGAAGCAACAGCUUCAUGAGCAGAACCGUGAUCGCGAGUUUGUCGGUCAGGAGCCUACGCACAGUCACACGCAUUCUCGUGCCAGUGGCAGCGUUAGCUCGCACCAGCAGGCUGGCGGACCCUCUCGUGAUUUGGUCGCCUAUGCGCCGCCCCAAGCUCACCAGCAGCAACACACCCAGUCUAUUCAUGGCAUGGCUCAACACCAGCAGCAGCAGUUCGUGAAUCAGGAGCAACAGGGGCUUUUCUCUCCUACUCCCCGCGAGAAUCGCGAGAAGAUGGAGCUCAACAACACGCUGGAAACUAUUGAUCGUUUCAUGAGCGCAGGCCAGUACGACCAGGCAGUCAUGCGCUGGCUGCAGGCUGAGGAUAAGAGCGAGGAGGUGUUCCAGCAGGUCAUUUCCAAGUAUGAUCCCCGUUGUCUCUCCGGUCUGGCGCCCAUCUUCCUUCUUUCCGUGGGAGCCAGCAUCGUCAGCAAUCUUUCCCGCAGAAGCCCCAAGGUUCAGGCCAAGAUUGCUCUUGUCGAAACGGUCGUUUACGCCAUGGCACAAGCCCUUCCCCACUUGUCCGUUCUCUUACAGGAAGAUCAAGUUGUCGAGGCCGUCCCGAAGGUCAUGUCUCUGAUCCAGGCUAAGGUGGAGGAACUCUUGCUCGCUAUUAGCCGCGAGAGCCCUCACGAUGCCUCUCUGAAGACCUUGUCCAGCAUUGCUCACCUUGCUGGACGUAUUAGCGAAAGUUGUCAGCCUUCGCGCCAGUCUCUGGGUCAUCCCGGUGCGCCUUACUAA